AUGGCUGAAGUGGUGGCAUCCAUAGACGAUGCUUUCCUCAAUGUGUGCCAUAUAGAUGUUAGCGUAGGUUGGCGCCACAUUGGUCCCCAUGGCCGUACCCAUGCGUUGUACGUAAUGCGGCUUCUCCUUUUUUUUUAUAAAUUUUUUUUGGACAUUUUGCAGCUUAGAGGAGAUUCACUGGAUAAGAAAACCACAAUGAGAAGACGCGGCGACCGGAUGGAGAUCAGCAGAGUCAUCACUGAGGGUCAGGAUGUCCGCCAUGACACAAAGUCGUAUCCCCUGAGCGCUCUGAGCGGCUUCAUAUCCGAGGCCUCCAACCUCCUGGUCACACGGCUCCUCGCCAGGAGGAAGGGACCGGGGAACUUGGAUUUUCUGACCUUUGAUACAGAGAUGAACUUGUGUAUCUCAUCUUAUCGAUGGCUCGGUUCCCGCCCUCAGCUCGUCGGCAGGGAUGCGGUGGAGGUUUAUGGCGUAGAGCGGGCGCUCCUCUCGGACGAUGUCCCCAUCACCUGGCAGUACUACUUCCUCCCAGAUGGACAUUUGGCCAAUCGGGUUCAAGUUGGAUCUCCAGUUACCAUAAGAAUCUUACAGAUGCCGAUGCUGUCUGAGCCAG